UAAUAAUUACUACUACAAUACAACACAAAGCUCCAUGAUUUUCGCUCUGUCACAGACAGCUUCAGUUUCCCUACAAAACGAAUUCUAAUCAGAUCUAGACCGUUAAUCUCGCGACGUAGAGGAACCCACAUAAGCAUCGACGGUUCAGAUUUACUGACUUUUUAUGUAACUUUAAUUCGCCGGCUCUCUUGCCGUGUUUUCGAUUUUGACAGAAACGAAAAAAAUCUUCAAAGGGAUAAAUAUCAGCAGCGGAAGAAGGAUUGAAAAAAGGAAGCUUUCCCUUUUUUUAAGCCCAUCAGAGAUCCGUGGAGGAGAAUUUCUAGCAGACCGAUCUGUCUCUGUUUCUACGAAUCUCUCUGUCUUUGUCGGAAACUUGAGUUGUCUGAAAUCAUAAAUCAUGGGUUUGUGGGAUGCUCUUCUCAAUUGGCUUCGCAGCCUCUUCUUCAAGCAAGAAAUGGAGCUUUCAUUGAUAGGACUUCAAAAUGCAGGAAAGACAUCACUUGUUAACGUUGUUGCAACCGGUGGAUACAGUGAAGACAUGAUCCCUACGGUCGGAUUCAACAUGAGGAAAGUGACAAAAGGAAGUGUUACAAUCAAGCUUUGGGAUCUUGGUGGUCAACCUAGGUUCCGCAGCAUGUGGGAACGUUACUGCCGUUCUGUUUCCGCGAUUGUGUAUGUAGUUGAUGCUGCUGAUCCUGACAACCUCAGUGUCUCGAAGAGCGAACUCCAUGAUUUGUUGAGCAAGACGUCCCUUAGUGGUAUCCCUCUUCUAGUCCUCGGCAACAAAAUCGACAAGCCUGGAGCUUUGUCCAAAGAAGCUUUAACUGAGGAAAUGGGACUCAAGUCACUUACAGAUAGAGAAGUCUGUUGCUUCAUGAUAUCUUGCAAGAACUCCACUAACAUCGAUCAAGUCAUUGAUUGGCUUGUAAAGCACUCCAAAUCAUCGAGCUAAACUUUGCACCAAACGAACAGAAGUCAACUCUCUGCAGUUCUCAGUCUUCUUGUGUUUUUGGUCCUUUGAUGAUGAUGAUGGUGAUUGUGAUGGUGGAAGAAGACACAGCUUUCUCUUUUAUCCUGUGAAAAACAAGAUUUGUCUAUGUUUUCUAUCUGAUUCUUUAUCGUCUUUCUCCUUGGUGUGUUGCUGUGUUCUCUGUAUAUUAGAUUUGAUUGGUUUCCCUCUUCUUAAAGCCAUGAGAUCACUUCCUUCGGGGUCAGCUUUUUCAA